CAUCGUGUUGCUGGCGGAGAUUUCAGCAUCACUCCACUCCAUUUCAUUACAACAGAUUUAUUCGUCCUGCUUGGCGGGAGAGUUUUUGUUGGUUAUCAAAAGUUCUUAAUUGGUUUAUGUGCAAUAGUAUUUACGCGUUGUAGAACAGUACUAAAUUUGAAGAAAUGGAGGCAAAUCAGUUUAGGGAGUUCGGAAAGGCCAUGAUAGACUACGCGGCCGAAUAUCUAGAGAAUAUAAGGGACCGUCGAGUUUUACCGACGGUGCAACCGGGGUAUUUGAGGCCCUUGAUACCAGACAGCGCCCCUGAAAAACCGGAGAAAUGGGAGGACGUGUUAAAGGACGUAGAACGGGUCAUUAUGCCUGGGGUAACUCACUGGCAUUCACCUAGAUUUCACGCCUAUUUCCCUACGGCCAAUUCAUAUCCCGCUAUCGUAGCGGACAUUCUUAGUGGGGCCAUUGCUUGCAUAGGAUUUUCUUGGAUCUCAAGUCCAGCAUGUACAGAAUUAGAGGUGGUGAUGUUGGACUGGUUAGGCAAAGCUUUAGGACUUCCAGAAGAGUUCUUAGCAUGUUCUGGAGGCAAAGGUGGUGGAGUAAUUCAAGGAACGGCUAGCGAAGCCACUUUAGUAGCCCUUUUAGGAGCCAAAGCGAAAAUAAUGGCGACAAUCAAGAAGGAAAAACCGGAAAUGAAAGAUUCAGAAAUUAUAUCAAAAUUAGUCGGGUACACUUCAAUGCAAAGCCAUUCUUCGGUAGAGCGCGCUGGAUUAUUAGGUGGAAUUAAAUUAAGAGCAUUACCAACUGACAAUGAAAAUAAAAUGAGGGGUGAAACUGUGGAAUUGGCUAUUAAGGAGGAUAGAGAGGCUGGGCUUAUACCAUUCUUUUGUGUGGCUACUCUUGGAACAACUUCGUCUUGCACCUUCGACCGCCUAGACGAAAUCGGCCUAGUUUGCAAUGAAAACGACAUCUGGCUGCAUGUGGAUGCCGCCUAUGCAGGCUCUGCCUUUAUUUGUCCAGAAUAUAGAUAUCUAAUGAAGGGCGUCGAAAGAGCAGACUCGUUUAAUUUCAAUCCUCACAAGUGGCUGCUGGUGAACUUUGACUGUUCUGCCAUGUGGCUAAAAGACCCGUCCUGGUUGGUGGAUGCUUUUAACGUUGAUCCUUUAUACCUCAAACAUGAGCAGCAAGGUUCCGCUCCAGAUUAUAGACACUGGCAAAUUCCUUUGGGACGUCGUUUCAGAUCUUUAAAACUCUGGUUCGUGUUAAGGCUUUAUGGUCUCGAAUAUUUACAAAAUUACAUUAGGAAUCACAUCGCAUUAGCGCAUAGAUUUGAAAAUUUCGUACGUCAAGACGAUCGGUUCGAGAUCACCGAGGAGGUGCUGAUGGGUCUGGUGUGCUUCAGGCUUAAAGGCUCUAAUGAGAUUAACGAGGAUUUAUUGAAGAAGAUUAAUGGACGCGGUGUCAUACAUUUGGUUCCAUCAAAGAUUCGUGAUACUUACUUCCUCCGAAUGGCUGUUUGUUCAAGAUUCACCGAAGAAAAAGACAUUGACGUUUCUUGGCAAGAAGUCAAGGAAUCUGCCGACGAAGUAUUAGCAUAAAACUCUAAAUAAAUCUACUCCUAAAAUGUUGUUUUUGUUGUUGUGUUAAUGAAUUUAUUAAGACGCUUGGUUUAUAUUUUUAUUAUUGUUUAAUACUGCACAAAAAAGACAUAUUUAUAAUUAUUUUUUUUGAUUAUAACGUACUUAUACAAUAUGUAAUAAAUAAUAAAUUAUAUAGAUGUGUGUGGAGGCAAGUAAA